AUAGUUAAUUUGAUAUCUGUCUAUGGCUAGUGGGCUAAAUGUAAAGUAAUGCUUGCUGUCCACAAGCCAUUUUUGGGUAGCCAACGCGUUUUAACUUGGCGAACUUUAAUCUAGCGGAAUUUUAUUGUCUACUUUACAACCGAUGUUGAGAUAAUAUUUAACACACAUUUCUAGCUGCGCUCGCGAUUCUUUUGGACUUAGCGGAGUAGGUUACAGGAUUGUUACGGUCCAGGUAGUUGGCUGCUGUUUCACGAUAUUUCAACCAAACUGGAAACAAAAUUAGACCUGGAUUUGACCUAACCGACUAACAGCCCUAUCCUCCACAAUGAAAAGUAUCGGCAAGUGGAUCUUAGGAAUUCUGGGGUUGGUUGUUGUUGUCGUCUUAAUAGCUGUCCCCACUGCCAUAUUUCUAAACGAGGAGAAGACAGAGGCCCAGAGGACAUUCACAUUGGCGGACAACUUCAACAGUAGCAUCCGGGCAAGGUCCUACAACCUCCGCUGGAUCUCAGACCAAGAAUAUGUCCACAGAGGAAGAGAUGGUGUAGUCUACAAGCACAGUGCAGCAACUUCAGACAAUGAAGGCGUUGUGUUUCUGGAAAAAACUAAAUUUGACCAAGUGGAAGCCUUUGAUUAUUUAAUUUCGGGUGAUAACAACUAUGUUGCCUUCAUGAGUAACUUCUCCAAGCUAUGGAGACACUCCUACACAGCCUCCUACACCCUCUAUGACCUUUCUUCAAAGGGUUUUUUAGACACAGUUCUUCCUGAUGAUAUCCAGUAUCUGGCAUGGGCUCCAGCCGGCAGUGCAAUGGCCUACGUGUGGAAGAAUAAUGUCUAUGUAAAGGCCAGCCCAACUGGAGCAGUCAUGCAGGUCACCACGAACGGAAAGGAUAACCUAAUCCUCAAUGGAAUUCCAGACUGGGUCUAUGAGGAGGAGAUGUUCUCCACAAACCACGCCUUGUGGUGGUCACCUGGAGGCAAGCACGUGGCCUACGCCGAAUUCAACGACACCGACGUCCCCAUCAUGGAGUACUCCUGGUAUGGAAAAGGGCAGUACCCACAAACAGUCAUGGUCCCCUAUCCCAAGCCAGGAGCUGAAAACCCAACAGUCCGCCUGUUCGUUGUUGAUGUCAACACAUCCAGAGUUGAAGAACUUGUCGUCCCAAAUUCUUAUGGAGCAGAUGAUCACUACCUGAGCACUGUUACCUGGGUAUCAGACUCACGCGUUGCCAUACAGUGGCAAAAGAGACUCCAGAGCCACGUGCUUCUGCAAGUCUAUGAGCGGAAUGGAACCAGCUGGGUUGAGGGCACAAAACAUGAACAAAUUAUGCAAAACGGUUGGGUGGGUCGGUUUUCACCAUCGGAACCUGUCUUUGCUGCAGAUGGCAACAGUUUUUACCUUAUAGAGAGCGACACUACUGGUUACAAGCAUAUCAAUCAUGUCACUGGAAGCUCUAAGACGUUCAUCACAAAGGGAAAUUGGGAAGUCAUCAGUAUUUUGAAGGUGACUUCAAACACCAUAUUCUUUGUUGGAAACCAAGGGCAUCCUGGGCAAAGAAAUGUUUACAAGAUCAGGAUCACAAUAGGCACCUCCAGUCCUGAGUGCCUGACAUGCAAUCUGGAUCCAGAGAGGUGCAAAUACAACUCAGCCAGCAUCAGUUCAGACGGCUCCUACUACCGCAUGGACUGCUCUGGUCCCGGACUUCCUUUGUACACCCUUAGGAGCAGCAGUGGCAAGGACUCAGAAGUCAAGGUUCUUGAGGACAACACCAAUCUGGAUGCCAUCCUGAAAGAAAUCGCUAUGCCUUCAGUCAUUCACGACACGAUAAAGAUUGGCAAAUAUGAGCUGUGGUACCAGAUGACCUUACCUCCUGGGUUUGACAAGUCCAAGAAAUACCCCGUGCUCAUCGACGUCUAUGCAGGGCCUUGUAGCCAGAAGUCAGACUUUCGCUUCAGGCUGGGCUGGUCCACCUACUUGGCCAGCACAGAGAAGGUAAUCGUAGCCAGCUUUGAUGGCAGGGGAAGUGGUUUCCAGGGAGACGAGAUAAUGCACCUCAUCUAUAAACGCCUGGGAACCUAUGAGGUGGAGGAUCAGAUAACAGCAGCAAGACAAUUCAUAGAUCUUGGGUUCAUUGACAAAGAGAGGAUUGCUAUAUGGGGCUGGUCCUAUGGUGGCUACGUCACCUCCAUGGUACUGGGUGCAGGAAGUGGUGUUUUCAAGUGUGGCAUGGCAGUUGCACCUGUGUCCAAAUGGGAAUAUUACGAUUCAAUCUAUACGGAGAGAUAUAUGCAGCGACCACAAGACAACCAGGCAUUCUACGAUAACUCAACUGUAACUGGCAGAGCGAAGAACUUCGCAUCUGUCGAAUACCUCUUGAUUCACGGAACAGCAGAUGACAAUGUGCAUUUCCAGCAAGCAGCCCAGAUCUCAAAAGCUCUGGUGGAUGAGCAGGUGGACUUCGAAGCCAUGUGGUACACUGAUGAGGACCAUGGCCUUGGCGGUUCUGCCUAUCACCAUGUCUACACUCAUAUGAGCCACUUCCUGCAGAGGUGUUUUGCUUGAGACACCCUUUUGACAUAAUGCCUACCCAAGAAUCGGGGAAACUCAACCCUUCUUCUAUUAUUUCACUUUUUUCAUUUGAAGACUACCUAAUACCACUUCAAAUGCAAUUUCCUUAUGUCUUUAGUCGAUUGAUGUAGAUUAUCAGCUGUGUAUUGGUAUAUUUUGUGAAGAAGCUUGUCCUUGUCCAUGUAAAACAAAACACUAUGCAGAGUUAUUAUGCUGUUCAUGAGGGUCUGGGUCUA